CACAAGAGCAAAAUCAUAAAACAUUAAUUUAUUGUCAAGGGACAUUGUGCGCAUUAAACAGACUCUACGUACGUUCAUAACAAAUGGCAGACCCAACCAAGAAUGCUGGGACAAAGAGGAUUGCACUUGUAACGGGGGCUAAUAGAGGGAUCGGAUUUGAAAUAUCUAAACAACUAGCGUCAAACGGAGUCAAAGUGAUAUUAACUGCUAGAGAUGUGAAGAGGGGCAAUGAAGCUGUUGAAAAACUCAAUGCCGCUGGAUACUCUGAUGUGAUUUUUCAUCAACUAGACUUGGAGGACUCGGCUAGCAUUUCUACUUUGGCGGAUUUUAUCACAAACCAAUUUGGGAAGCUUGACAUAUUGGUAAAUAAUGCUGGGGUUAAUGGAGCCAUAGUCAGCGAGGAAUUGUGGAAACAUGAUGUUACAGAAAUUCUUCUAGGUGCAAAUGCCAGACCUCUAAAGGAGCUUGUAAACCAGACUUAUGAAACAGUAAAGAAUUGUCUAGGAACAAACUAUUAUGGGAUCAAGCAACUGAGCAAAGCACUUAUUCCGCUUAUUCAAUUAUCCAAUUCAGGGAGAAUAGUAAAUGUCUCUUCCAUCUUUGGACAAUUAAAGUUUAUUUCAAAUGAGAAUGCAAGGAAGGAACUAGAAGAUAUUGAUGGCCUCAUAGAAGAGAAAGUGGACAAGGUGGUAGAUGGAUUUCUAGAAGAUGCCAAGGAGAAUUUGAUAGAAACCAAUGGUUGGCCUGCUAAUUUUUCUGCUUACAUCGUCUCCAAGGUAGCUCUUAAUGCUUAUACUAGGAUUUUGGCAAGGAAGUAUCCCAAAAUUGCAAUCAACUCAGUCCAUCCUGGGUAUGUUAGCACAGACAUUAACCAUAAUACUGGAGUUCUGACUACUGAAGAAGGUGCAAAAGGUCCUGUUAUGUUGGCUCUGAUGCCCGAAGGUGGGCCCUCUGGCCUCUUCUUUGAUAAAACUGAAAUGUCUACGUUUUGAACAACAUAAUUUUUUUUUUUUUUUUUUUUUUUUUUUUUUGGGUUAGAACGUAAUUAAUGUUUGUGCUUUCCAAGUCACCUAUGUAAUAACUAAUGAGGAUAUAACAUGUGGGAAUUAUGAUAGGAUGACAAGGAAUAUAAAAAACUAAAUCACAUGGUAUUCCAUCACUGGCUUAUUCUUUGGGGGACUUGGUAUAUUUGUCACAGGAAAUACUUUCUCUGAGUCUAUGUGUGAGAGAGAGAGAAUAAAACUAUCAUCUUUAUAUCA